AUGCCAAAAUUAUCUAGUGCUGUGGACUCAUGGGACCCUCGUCGGGAAACUGUUCCCAUACAUUUUUGGGUACACCCAUGGUUGCCACUGUUGGGACCGAAAUUGGAGGGUUUGUACCAGAUGAUACGUAUGAAGUUAAGUAUGGUUCUUGAUGCUUGGCACCCAAGUGACGCAUCUGCCUACACUAUCUUAUCACCGUGGAAAACGGUGUUUGAUUCAGCCAGUUGGGAAAAUCUCAUGCGCAGAUUUAUAGUUCCUAAGUUGCAGGUUGCAUUGCAAGAGUUCCAAAUAAACCCGGCUAGUCAGAAGCUUGAUCAGUUCUAUUGGGUUAUGUCAUGGGCUUCUGCUAUUCCAAUUCAUCUCAUGGUUGACUUGAUGGAGAGGUUUUUCUUUUCAAAGUGGCUGCAGGUUUUGUAUCACUGGCUCUGUUCAAAUCCUAACUUACAAGAGGUUCACAAAUGGUACAUUGGUUGGAAGGGACUCCUUCCACAGGAGCUUCAGGCACAUGAAAAUAUUCGGUACCAGUUUACUCUUGGACUCAACAUGAUCGAUCGGGCUAUUGAAGGUAUGGAAGUGGUCCAACCUGGUUUGAGGGAGAACCUCAGUUAUAUUAGGGCGCAGGAGCAGAGGCAGUUUGAGGCCCAGCAAAGAGCUGCAAUGCAUGCUCAAUAUCAAACUGCAGCUGGCAUGGGUAGCACAACACAAAUGGAUGGUUUUGGUGGUGGUCCAGUUGAGAUGACUUUGAAAGAAGUUGUUGAGGCCCAUGCACAACAUCACGGCUUGCUCUUUAAGCCAAAACCUGGCAGGAUGCAUGAUGGUCACCAGAUAUAUGGUUAUGGUAAUGUAAGCAUAUAUGUGGACCCGAUACAUGAAAGGUUAUAUGUCCAGAAGGAGGAAGAUUGGUUAUUGACAAACCUCGAUAAUUUGCUUGAGAUGCAUAAUAGUUCUCUUAAAAAGAGACGCUGA